CAAUAUUUCAAGAAAUAAUGCGUAUAAAGAUUUGAUAAUAAACAUGAAUGACCCUACUCUAACUGUUAAAAUUAUAAAAACCAAAAUUAAAAAUUUGAGGUCUGUUUACCACUCAGAAGUGAAAAAAAUUAACAGUUCGAAGCGAUCCGGAUCUGGUGCCGCAACAGUAUAUAGUCCAUCCCUGCCAUGGUUUAAAGAAAUGCACUCUUUCCUUGGAGACACAGGUGAUUACCGGGAAACUAUUGAGACAGCAGUGGAAACAGAUGAGUCAUCGCAGGAUUCUCGACCAACUAGUGCUAAUUCGAACUCUAACCCCUUGUCACCGCCAUCAGUCAGCACCGUAAUGUCGCCACCCUCGACUACUGACAUUGCGGAAGAAGGAACACCAUCCCGUUCAUCUAAGGACACACCAGCACGGCGUAAAAGAAGGAGCCUACAAGAAGAGCCGAUCACUUCUGCUCUAAAUCGUUUAGAAAAUAUAACUUCGUCUAUAAACAGACAAGCAGAAUAUGAUGAAUUUCAUUUUGUUUGGUUUGAAUAUUGCUGCCCAAUUGCGAGCCCUACCAUUAGAUGAUGCACUAAACGUGCAAACUGAGAUUCAGACAAUUAUAACUGCGGCUAGACGUCGACAUCUGUACCCAAACUUGUCUACAUACUCCACUUCACCCAUACAAAUAAUAAAUUCCACACCUACUUUUACAAAUAUUCAAACUAACAACAGCCAAACCGAAGCAGAAGACGCUUUAAGCAGAGCAUGGAGAUUUUCUUAAAGUAUGUACUUACCAGAUAAUAUGUUAACAAAAAUAAAUGUUUCAUUUGAAAUAAUAUCAGUGUUCUACUUACCCGCAUAUAAUCCUUCAAAGCGCUGUAUAUUGCAUCACAAACUUCUGGUAUAAAUUGAGCUAUGGUAGAUCUCGCAACCCUGUGAAGUGCUUCUAAUGUGUACAUGGAAUCUCCAGC